AGCGUCUCAUGCCAAAGUUUAAUAAGAUCCGCUCUCGCUCAAAUCCUACGUCAUGAGUAAUCUUGGAGGAAGUAGGUCAAACUGGUGCUUGUACAUUUCAUUUGCUCAUUUCACUGCACAGUCAUAACGCCAGCUCUGCCGAGGGGAAGAUGCUGUCAGAUUCUGAGGAUUUGUACCAAUUAUUCUAGGAUAUCAAGGAAAACAAAAACGACACCAAUAUGAGGAGUAAAGGAAAAGGAGGGGAUGGCAUCUCAUUCAUUGGCUACAACGCCAUACGCCAGCUCUCUUUAUUGCUGGAUCCUCAUGACGCAUUCGGCAAUGAUUGGAGAAUGCUGGCAGACAUAUUGGGAUUCAGUUUCCAAGAGAUCCGAAAACUGGAACGAGAGAAUGAACCCACCAAGGCCUUGUUGUCUAUCUACAGCGGUAGAUGUGGCCAACCAGGAAGACAGUUCGUGGAUAAUUUGUAUCAAGGGGCAAUGUCUAUGGGACGGACAGACGCUGCAAACGUUCUACAGGAUAUACUGGAUAAGUAUGACAAUCACAAGGCACCUGUACCUCAAAGCAUUAACACACAGCCUGUAACUGACACAGAAAAAACGGCACCGUCCGAUGAAAUUCAAAAAGAUCCUGUUGGCUGGACGCCUUCUUGCCAUAAAGAGGGAGACUUAGAACCUGAAAUAGGCAGCACGCAGGAUAAAGACGUCAAGUUACUGAACAUUAAAAAUGCAAAUGAACACAAUAUACCAAAUAACUGUCCGACGUCUCCUGAAGAUAAUUCUCUGGCAAACGAAUUUUGCCAGCCAGUGCCAAAUGAUUGUGACAAUGGAGACGACACAUGUGUAUUGGAGCUCGAACCAGGUUUUGGUGAAGAACCACUGCCGCCGAGCGUACCUGAACUAUGCAGCCUUCUGCGCGCAGAAUGCAGAGCAUGUCUCGUGCGAUACCUCCAAUCCCAUCUCCCUUCUAAAACCAAGAACGUGGCCAAAGUUCUGCGCGAAAAGAAGUAUCGAGAAAAAAUAGAGACUCUCAAAGAAAACAGCAUUAUUACAGAAGAGGAAUUUGCACUUCUAUAUCCUGCGCAAGGGGUUCAGUGUGACGUCACUGAAUUGGACUUGCCUCUCCUAGUGGUCCUCAUUAGGAACAUUACCCGUGGGGUCAAGAUAAAAUGGGAUAAAACACCCCAAGAAUUUGAGAUCUCAAAAUCGGACGAUGUGCUCCGAAUAAGAGCGUUCUAUCCUCUGAUUAAACAAGAAUCUGCAAAAACAAUGGACCUGGAGGAAUACGAUGAGUUGUUUGUUGGUGUUUCAGAGCCCCUCCGGAGAAUGGGGGCUAACGUGGACAAUUUGGUCAACUAUAGAAGAGACAGGGUGACCCUAACUGAUCCGGAGAUUGUGGAAAAUCUUGAGGAACAGAACCAGGGAAUCAAAAGACUGACGGAAAUCGUUCAUAAAUACGGGAAACUUGGAUUAGUUCUUGGUGUUGCGGUGCUACUUGUUAUUAUGGCAGUUAUAGUGUAUGUUGUGUCUGCGCCCAAAACGGAGUUUCCGACUAUAGAAACGCCAUGCAGAAAGAAUAUUGAACUUAUAAAAAACCACACGUAUAUCCAACUGAUGCCCAGAGCUGGAUGGAAAGCUCGAUAUCCAUCUGGCGAGCGAGACAAGCUCGUCUUGCCAGCGCACCGAGUUAUUAUUGCUCACACUGGCGGCCUCUACUGUGGUCCCACAGAAACUCAGAAAUGCUGCGAGUAUGUAAAAUCUAUGCAAGAUGAUCACAUGGAUGGGAGAAAAUGGUAUGACAUCGGCUACAAUUUCCUGGUGGCUGAAGACGGUGUGAUCUACGAAGGUCGAGGGUGGGAUUACAUCGGGGCUCACAGCUAUCGCUGGAACAACGAUUCCUAUGGCAUCGCAUUCAUCGGUGACUUCCGCUUCCAGGCGCCCAAGGAACGCGCUCUCACCGCUCUCAAAGAAUUUCUGAAGUACAGUGUUUAUAAGCAGAAACUGUCUCCGGAUUAUGUCCUGUACGGACAGUGCCAGGUCCGCCCCUUCGAGAGCCCGGGGGAGGAACUCUAUAAGAUUUUGAUGACAUGGGACCAUUGGCAACCGCGCAUUGGUACGAACGAGGAACUAAAACUUGGGCCUCACAAUAGGACGUCAUAUUGUGUAGACGAUCGGUUGUAACAAAAUGUAUUAGAUGAAAAGCACAACUCGAAUGUGUCUGCCGAGACAACUACCACAAUCCUCGAGCAGUUCAACAUCAUUAAGGAAAAUGACGUACCGUUGCUUUGAUAGUUGAUGUGCUCAGCAGGCACAUCGAAAAAGACGGCCUUUUGUAUAUUAAAACGGCAGGUGGACGUCACACCAUUAAAAAAAAUUACAAGAGGAGCCCGAGGUUUUGUGUGACAAAAUACGUCUCACAAAGUUUGUAUUUUAGAGUCGAUGAUAUUAAGAUACAAUAUGACUGCCGAUGUUGGUUUUAUAGAAGAAAUAUAACAGCAAGUGGUGUGGUUAUAUGCAACAAUGAUGAGUAAAAAUAAACGACAGCAAAAACAAUAGAAUGUCUAGAGUCAUCACUACCCCACAGGUUGCACUAUGCCCAGAUAUGCAUAACAUGUAUGCAUUUAUUUCUUAGCAUUGCCAAAGGCGGCGAAAUUACAGGGACUUGAUACUCAUUGAUGCCAUAGAAUUUUUAGGCAGGCAUGUUCCAGUAGUUUUCGAAUGUCAGAGUACUGCUGUUGGAUAUUUAAUUCUGUUCAGGGCUUAGUUAUUUUUAUUUGAGGGUAAACUGUACACACAGAACUGGCCUAAUUUUAUUUUCAUCUAGUCGCUCAAUAUAAACGUUACAAAAUGGCUGUUUUGUUAUCAGCCACUCAUAAAGGUAGCAGCAAUCAAAAUUGAGCAUUUAAGGUAACUUUUAAAUGGUAUUGUCUAGUCAUGUAUAGAGGAAGCGGCAUAGGCUCCAAUUUGCUCCAUAAACAGUGUUCACAGUAUACUACAUUGUAAAUAUAGCUACAUGUACAUAUAAAAUGAUCAACUGGUUAUCCAGUUUGACAUCAGAUUGCCAAGAAUUUUUUAUUUUUAUUUUUUAGUUUGAAUGUUACAGCUUGACCUAUUAUACAUUGUCAACAAGAGCGAAGAUAGCAUAACGUUGUAUUAUGCUUAAUGUUAUUCUGCAUGGUACUAUUAACAGAUAUUUAGCAAAUAUUAACUAUUUUUAAGUACAAGAAAAAUAUGCAUUCUGCGUACAUAGUGGGAUCAGUGGCAAUAGAACCCUGACAACUGCCUUCUUUUGUAUUACUACAAGCGUUGGAAAACAGUGCAGUUUUUUUCACUCACCUUACAAAUUGUUUAAAAGUAGGUACUUUGCAUGUAUAUAAAGGUCAUUGCAAUACGAUUAAAUGUGUAAGUAUUAAAUACUGACUUAAUGAUAUUUCAUUUUCAGUUCUACAGUGUAAUUGUAUCUUAAUUUACACUGUAUGCCCCUUGAGUACUAUUUCUGAUAAAACACUAUGGGUAGUAAGUGUUGUAAUUAGUGUUUGGGGUGUGACAUAUCCCAUCAGCCAUAAACAUUUUCAGCGCUGGAAAAUAAAAAAGUCCCAUUUGUGUAUUGUAUUAUAUUUACAAUAGCGUUUGGUCUCAAUAAACAGAAGUCCCACCGUGUAUUUUGUACACAAGCAUGUAAAUGUUUAAAUAUUUUUCAAUAUAUUUUUUAUUAUCAGUGAAAUGUAUUCCUUUUCAUAUAUGGGGGCCAAAAUUAAGAUAAAACUAUUUAAGGUCAUCUGGUAAUAUGAUAGUUAUUUUUUUGGCAAUUGCCAAACUUUAUUUUAAGAAAGAUAGCGUCGUCUUUGUUUUACUUUUAGCAUUAAAUUACUAUAGAACAGUGGUGCUGCCAGUUAGUUUGCAACCUACAAACAUGAUGUAUUGAAGGUUUGCAAGAUAUGCACACUCCUUUGUGAAGAAAUUUGACUUUUUAAAGUUCCAUUACUGCUACCCACUGGAAUGUAAAGACAAACAAUUUGCCAUUUAGAUGUAUGUAGUUGGGAUUCCGGGUAAGACAUUAAAAAAACCAGAAUUCUAUUGUAAAAAGGCUUUCAGUGACCACUAGUCGGUUAUUACAGGUAUAUAUCACAAGAACACCGUUUAACGAGGAACCAUGCAGUCUUCCAAGCAUUGCUAGUAUUCGUUAUGGAAUUCAAUAGUGUAAACAAAAAAAACUGUCUCAUUCAAUUUCCGUGUAUUGUUGGCUAUAAGACCAUUCACUUUUGGUCUGUAUGUAUUACAUCUAUCCAUGAAAUA